AUGGAGCCCAAUACUGCAUCACGUCUACGCGAACGCGCACGGAAUAAACUCAAAGACUACUUGACCAUGGCGCCUGCACUCAAAGUCUCGCAUCUACUUGCGUUUACUCUUACGGAUAAAGCACCGAGUCUGAGGAUUGCGAGGCUUAGCGAUGGUCCGACGCUCAGUUUUAGGGUCGAGCGGUAUAGCUUGAUCAAGGACGUACUGGCGUCUAGUCGGCAUGCGAAGAGCAUUGGCAAGGUUGAGUACAUGAGUCCGCCGCUUCUCGUACUAGCGUCUUUCCCUCCACCAGGACCCGGCGUACCUCCGCACCUACCUCUCGUAAUGAAGGCCUUCCAAUCCCUCUUCCCGCCUCUCUCACCACACACCUUAACCCUCUCCUCCGCACGCCGCGUCGUCCUAAUCUCAUACGACCCUGCCCGCAAAACGCUCGACUGGCGCCACUAUCGCAUAGCCGUCAAACCCGCCGGCGUAUCCAAACGCGUCCGCAAAGUACUUGACCCAUCCACAUCCCACACGCCCCUAGACCUCUCCAACGAGAAAGACAUCGCCGACUUCGUGCUGAGGAGAAAGGGUGCCGGCACAGAUGGAUAUGAGACGGGUACGACGAGCGAUGGGUACGCAAGUAGUGCGGCGGAGGGCGAGGAGGGGAAUACAGUGCGGCUGGCGGACGAUUACGUGGGGAGGAAUAAUAAGAAGGGGAGCAAGCGCGCCGUCAGGCUCGACGAGAUUGGGCCGAGGAUGGAGUUGAGGCUUGUGAAGAUCACGGAGGGUAUUCCGGGACGGCCAGGCGCGGUGAUCUUCCACGAAUUUAUUAAGAAGAGCAAGUCGGAGACGGCGAAGCAGGAGAAGGAACAUGCGGAGAGGGAGAAGUUGAGAAAGCAGCGUAGGGCCGAACAGGAGGCGAACGUGGCACGGAAAAAGGCCGCUGCAAAGAAGGGAAAGAAAGGUGAUGGCGAGGAUGGCGAGGUCGAUGACGAGGAUGUCAGUGGGGCGGAGGACGACGACGAUGCUAUGGGCGUAUACAGCGGCGACGAAGACGAGGGUGCCGUAGAUGAGGAGGAGGAUUGGGAUGACGAGGAAGAGGUCACCGAGGGUGAAGUCAGCGGAGACGAAGAUGAGGACAGCGAUAGCGAGCCCGAAGAGAGGGCGCCGCCGCCGAAGAGACAAAAAACCAAGGGCAAACGGUAG